AUGGUGUUCCGUUCACGACUGAUGCACAGAACAGCGAAAUUCGCUCCUCGUUGUGCCGUCUGCGGGAAAGGUAUCAUACCACAAGAGGGCGAAAAAGAAUCCGUUCGAGUUAUCGCUAUGGACAAAUCCUUCCAUCCCGCCUGCUACAAAUGUGAAGACUGUGGGCUCCUGCUCUCUAGCAAG